UUAUUAGAUAUACCUAGUUAGUCUUAGUGUACACCUGAUGAAGGCACCGUGUGCCGAAACGUUGUGUCGAUGUGUUUUUAACGUGCAAUUAUAAUCAAGUCAAAAUGUGUUAUUUUUCUUUCUUUUUGCUACUCUAAAAUUUGAUACUUGGUUUUUUUCUAAAUGAUUUUUUUAACUUUAAUAUUGAUGCGUUUUAUACUUCAAGCAGUAUUAAGAAUGCUAAUUUUAAUAUUUCCUCUGUUCGCGUGGAAUAAAAAUAAGAAAUUAGUCAAUUAUUGGAACAGCUGGGUGAUUUUUCAAAUCAAAAUAGAAACCCUAAUGAAAGUGCCGUACAAAUCUUCCACACGUAAUCAAAUCCAAGGAUUACUUCUGAUUGUGACCAUUUCCAUGAUCACGAUUAGUAUCAUAAUGAUUUCGCCACAAAAACGAUUAUCGACUUUACUCAACACCAAUCCGUUUGCUAUUUUCUACAUAACUCACGCCCUAGCUUACGCGACGACAUAUUGGUUUGCUAAUAAUAUGUAUGUAUUUAACCGGAGUGGCAAAAAAAAUAACCAAUUUGGUCACACAAGCUCUUCACGAAGGUAACACCGCAGACUUGAAUCGUCUCAUAUAUUUAUGGAUAACGUUAUGCGAUUUGAAUGACGAAUUCACUAACAUUCACUCGAUUAUAUUUCUGAUUUUGUUUUCUGUAACUGUAAUCGGCAGCGUGCUCAGCAUUUUUCUGGCAGUAGCUUUUUUCAUUUAUUUGAAUAACCAUCAUAUUGGCUUUUUGUAUAUCUCUGCCACCCUUAUUUUUAUGAUAGGCAUGAUGAUAUUCUGCGAAUCUGCAAAUAUGUUCAUUGAUCAAAUGGUAAAUGAAAUGAAAAACGUUUUACUAGCAGAAGAAAUCAACAGCAGGAAGAAAAGUUUACUGCCAGGGAUCAUGUUAUUUCUCCAUACAAUCGAAGCUAGAAAACCAAAGAUCACUUUUAAAGGGUACAUGACGAUUGAUCGUUCGAUUUUAACUUCUAUAUUUGGAGCAGGUAUUAAUUUUCUGGUGGUAUUGAGACAAUUUAGCCCUGAUUAAAAAUCAAAGUUGAGGGUAUUUUUGAGUGAUGAAAUCUAAUUAAUUUUUCCGAGUGAUGACAAAUUAAUUUUUUCAUGGUCUCACGUGCAUUUUUUAAGGUGAUUUAGAAUAAUUAUUCGGUGAUGAGUUGGUUUUGAAUUUUUUAAUAAUUGUUUUGAAAUAAAUCUUUUUGCAGAA